AUGCGUAUUUCCUGUAUAUUUGACUUAAAACCCACUCCCGUGAAGUUGCUUUCUCAGAGUAGCUCGGAGAGGAGGAAGGAGAAGUCCCGUGAUGCAGCAAGGUGCCGGCGAAGCAAGGAGACAGAAGUGUUCUACGAGUUGGCCCAUGAGCUGCCCCUGCCCCACAGUGUCAGCUCCCACCUGGACAAGGCUUCCAUCAUGCGGCUGGCCAUCAGCUUCCUGCGGACACACAAGCUGCUCAGCUCAGUGUGUUCUGAAAAUGAGUCUGAAGCCGAGGCUGACCAGCAGAUGGACAACUUGUACCUGAAAGCCUUGGAGGGAUUCAUUGCCGUGGUAACCCAAGAUGGUGACAUGAUCUUCCUGUCUGAAAACAUCAGCAAGUUCAUGGGACUCACACAGGUGGAGCUGACGGGGCACAGCAUCUUUGACUUUACUCACCCCUGUGACCACGAGGAGAUCCGGGAGAACCUGACCCUCAAAAGCGGAUCUGGUUUUGGGAAGAAAAAUAAGGACAUGUCCACGGAGCGGGACUUUUUCAUGAGGAUGAAGUGCACAGUCACCAACAGAGGGCGGACUGUCAACCUCAAGUCGGCCACCUGGAAGGUUUUACAUUGCACUGGCCAGGUGAAGGUCUACAGUGACUGCCCUCCCCACAACAGUCUCUGUGGCUACAAGGAGCCCCUGAUGUCUUGCCUCAUCAUCAUGUGUGAACCGAUCCAGCACCCAUCCCACAUGGACAUCCCCCUGGAUAGCAAGACUUUCCUGAGCCGCCAUAGCAUGGACAUGAAGUUCACCUACUGCGAUGAUAGAAUCACAGAACUGAUUGGCUACCACCCGGAGGAGUUGCUUGGACGUUCGGCCUAUGAGUUCUAUCAUGCCCUGGAUUCUGAGAACAUGACCAAAAGCCACCAGAACUUGUGCACCAAGGGUCAGGUGGUGAGUGGCCAGUACCGCAUGCUAGCAAAGCACGGGGGCUACGUGUGGCUGGAGACUCAGGGUACUGUCAUCUACAAUCCUCGCAACCUGCAGCCCCAGUGCAUCAUGUGUGUCAACUACGUGCUGAGUGAGAUCGAAAAGAAUGACGUGGUGUUCUCCAUGGACCAGACUGAGUCCCUAUUCAAGCCCCACCUCAUGGCCAUGAACAGCAUCUUCGACAACAGUGGUGAGGUGGUUGUGUCUGACAAGAGUGAUCUCCUGUUCACCAAGCUGAAGGAGGAGCCAGAGGAGCUGGCCCAACUGGCUCCCACGCCUGGCGAUGCCAUCAUCUCUCUGGAUUUUGGGAAUCAGAGCUUUGAGGACUCCUCAGCCUAUGGUAAGGCUGUCCUACCCCCAGGCCAGCCGUGGGUUGCGGAGGUGAGGAGCCACAGCACUCAGAGUGAUGCUGGGAGCCUGCCUGCCUUCAGCGUGCCCCAGGUGGCCGCCCCGGGGAGCACCACCCCCAGUGCCAGCAGCAACAGCAGCUGCUCCACGCCCAGCAGCCCUGAAGACUAUUACACCUCUCUGGAGGAUGACCUGAAGAUCGAGAUGAUCGAGAAGCUCUUUGCCAUGGAUACUGAGGCAAAGGACCAGUGCAGCACCCAGACUGACUUCAACGAGCUGGACCUGGAAACCCUGGCACCCUACAUCCCCAUGGAUGGGGAGGACUUCCAGCUGAGCCCCAUCUGCCCCGAGGAACCAGUCGUGCCAGAGAGCCCUCAGCCACCUCCCCAGCACUGCUUCAGCACCAUGACGAACAUCUUCCAGCCGCUGGUCCCGACAGCCUCUGAGAGCACCUUCCUGCUGGACAAGUACCCACCGCCACUGGAGGGCAAGAAGACAGAGCCUGAGCACCACCCCAUGUCCUCCAUCUUCUUUGAUGCAGGGCGCAAGACAGCCAUGCCUCCCUGCUGUGGCCAGGCCAGCACCCCUCUGUCUUCCAUGGGGGGCAGAUCCAACACCCAAUGGCCUCCGGAUCCACCAUUACAGUUCGGGCCAACAAAGUGGUCUGCUGGGGCUCAGCACACAGAACCCCUGGGAGCGGUGCCACUGGGACCCCCCGAUGCCUUGGCUCACGUCUCCAUGUUUAAGACAAGAUCUGCAAAAGGCUUCAGGCCCGGGGCUGCGGAUAUGAUGAGCCCAGCUGUGGCAGCCCUCUCCAACAAGCUGAAGCUGAAGCGGCAGCUGGAAUAUGAGAAGCAAGGCUUCCAGGACGGGGACCCGCCGGGCAGCAGCGCUUCACAUCUGAUGUGGAAACGGAUGAAGAGCCUUCGGGGAGGGGGUUGCCCUCUGCUGCCGGACAAGCUGCUGGAUGCAAACAUGCCCCCUGGGGGAGGGCUCAGGGCCCACCCCAGCUCCCCUACUGCCUGCCAGAGCCUUGUUCUAACAGAUGAGUUCAUCCAAAACCCGCUGAGGGGCCUGGGGCAGCCCCUGAGACACCUGCCACCCCCACAGCCACCAUCCACUUUGAGCUCCGGGGAGAAUGUCAAGAGCGGGUUCCCCCUGCAGGGUUAUGCACCCCCGUACCAGGACUACAACAACCAGCCUUUGACUCACAAGAUGCCAGGCCUGGCGAGCCGGCUGCUCGGGCCUUCGUUUGAGCCCUACCUGCUGCCCGAACUGACCCGAUAUGACUGUGAGGUGAACGUUCCUGUGCCUGGAAGCUCCACGCUCCUGCAGGGAGGGGACCUGCUGAGGGCCCUGGACCAAGCCACUUGAGCCAGGGCCUCCCGCAGGGCACAGCCCUGCCGACGCCGUCCCGCCAGCUUCAUUCACUCUCUACGGCUGUUUUUUUGCAACUAGGUAUUUCUAACACCAGCACAUUUUUGAUGAGAUGUACUUACCUGGCAGGUUUGCCCAGGUCACCAAGCAGUGGCCUUUGAGAUGCCCACUCUGCUAUCCCUGUUUUAAAGACAACAUCGUUUUACCUACAAAGAAAGCAUUCUUUAAUUCUGUAAGAUUUUUGUUUUCCAGCCCACCUCCAAUGACUUCUAAUUUAUAUUAUCCAUAGGUUUCCAUCUCCCUCCCUCUCAUGUGGUCUCCACUCUAACAGGUUCAGCGUACGUAGGCUCUCCUGUAGGAAAAGCUAUGGCUUCAGUGGACUAAAAAGAUUUUGUUGUUGUUGUUGCCAAAGAGAGACUAAAAGGAUUUCACAAUCCAAAAUGUGGCUUCUCCCUCUAGCAUCCCUCAUGUUUUCUUUGAAAUUCACAACACAGUGAUUAGCUUUUACAGUCUUUCUGAAGCCGACUCUGCUCCAGUUGGGCUCUGCCUGAGGAAUGCAGGGAUGUGAAGGUGGACUCUGGCAUGUGGUUUUCUGUGAAAGUUAUGCAGGGUGGUUCUUGCUAAACUCUGCGGCAUUUCCCUGUCCACUCUGAUGGAUUUUUUUUAAUCGUUAUUAUUAAAAAACAUAACUGAGAACUUUUUAAAAAUUUAUAUCUGGGUGAAGUGUUUAUUAUGAGAUAUAUGGGUACUUUGUGGUAACUAAAAGCUUAUAAAUGGAACCUGGCUCAGGCAGCUGCUCUCAGGCUGUUCAGUUUACUUUAUUGCUGACACUGCAGCCCUGAGCAGUCAUCCCAUGGGCCUGGACUAACCCUGCUACAGCUCUCCUCUCCCCUUUCCUCCCUCUGUGACAGGGGGACAACGGGCCACCCGGGGAUUGUACUUGCCACUGUCUUCUGCCAUUGCUCUGCAUUUCUGUGUAUCUAUGAUGAUGGUAGCCAACAAGGGCCACAUCCUGGGGGCAGGGACGUGCUUUCAUUUUUGGGAAGGUUUUGUUGCUAGCCCUUCAAGUGCACUGAGCUACAUGACUUCUAAAAGCCUUUCACAUAGCACACUGGGCUCUUUCCAGAACUGUCAUGCAAUGGUUCAGAUGGAAGCUGAGGCAAGAAAGUCAGGAUUUGGAAAUGGUGUAGUGACCUGGUCCGUGUCCUCCUGAGCUCAUGACCUUAGAGCUGGACUGAGCGAGGGCACCAAAUGGAGGGCAGUGGGUCCUGAUCAGCCCCCAGCCUGCAAGGCCCAGGUGGCAGGCAGUGCCCCUUGCUGGCAUGCAGCAGUCAGACCUCCAGGACCAGCCCCUAGCCUUGGACCCUGGCUAGGGAUCUCCUUGUCACUUGAAGUGAUGUGUAUAGGUAGGAAGCACUGAAAAUAGUGUUCUCAGAGCACUUUGUAACUCACUGGGUAAGAAGGACAGCACCUUUUGGUUUUUAAAUACCAAUCCCAUGGAACUUCACUGUACAGUUGCUACAAUAAAAUAUAAUACACACACCACAAGCCCAUCAGACCAAGAACCUGGUAAGCCCGAUGGACAAACUGCCAAUUACAAAGUAACUUUCAAAGUAUGUGAGGAAAAGGACUGGGCUGUGUGCUUCCUAGAGCACACAAAAGCAGCACAGCCUUGCCUGACAUGUGGCAGCAGAACUUGAAGGGUUACUGACAGGUCAGCACUGGUGUUUGAUUUCCUGUGUGUGUUGCCUCAGCAUUAAGGGCAUUCUACCCUUGCGGUUGUACUAAGACACUCUGAAAAAUAUUCCAAGCUUUGUAUUAACCUUGCCUGUCUAUGUAAUGAUUUCAUGAAUAUUAUUAUAUUUGUCAAAUUCCUACUGACAACAUUAUAACUAUGGGAGCUUAACUUUAUAAAGAAAUGUAUUUUGACACUGAUAUCUUAUUAAAGUAUUCUGA